GGUGUAUCACCUAGACAUCUGGUUCCUGUCCUCUCAUUUAGUUCAACGGUGAGAUAGAGGCAGGAGAGUUGUGACACGCCAGUCCUCGGUAGGUUCUCUAACCGACAGCCAGCCAACAUGGACCGGUCCUACAUGGGCAGUGCCACCGCUUACAGUGUCUACGGGAAGCCGCCUCAGUCCUACUUUGACCCGGCCUACGAUGAGAAAGCAGCCAGGUCGUACAUGGACUCAGUGUACGAGGAGAAGAAGAAAGUAGAGAAGAAGGCCCGCUCCGAGGCCGUCUGCUGCGAGGUCGUGGCGCUGGUUUUCGGAUUUGUCGGCCUGAUCGGUGUCUCCGCGGUGACCGGCUUGCCCAUGUGGAAGGUGACAGCAUUUAUCCAGGAGAACAUCAUCGUCAUGGAGACGCGCUGGGAGGGCCUGUGGAUGAACUGCUAUAGACAAGCCAACAUCAGGAUGCAGUGCAAGGUGUACGACUCUCUGCUGUUCCUCCCUGCGGACCUGCAGGCGGCCAGGGGCCUGAUGUGCUCCUCCGUAGCUGUGUCCGCCAUCGCUCUGAUCCUCUCUGCCGUGGGGAUGAAGUGUACCAAGGUGGUGGACCACCGGCCUCGUACCAAACACAUCAUCCUGGUGACCGGGGGAUGCCUGUUCCUCGUGGGUUGUGUCACCACCAUCAUCCCAAUCUCCUGGACGGCCAACGUGAUCAUCCGUGACUUCUACAACCCCCUGCUGAUCGACGCCCAGCGCAGGGAGCUGGGAGAGGCUCUCUACAUCGGAUGGGUGACUUCGGCUCUGCUGUUUGUGGCUGGGGUUAUACUGCUGUGUCGCCACGCACCCCGGAUAGGAGACGAUGAGAUGGAGAGGAUGGUCAACGGGCCUGGGUACAUCUACCAGCCGGGAGUGAACUACCAGCCUGGAGUGAGCUACCAGCCGGGAUCAGCAUACGCAUACCAGCCAUAUUCCUACCAACCCAACUACUCAGCUCCACCCGGAUCUGUGGUCUAUGCUCCUAACCAGUACAUGUGAGAGAAACCCAGCCCAGAACGAUAUGGACUUGAGACUUACCUUGCCUGCUUGGAACCAAGCCUUAAAAGUACAAUUAAUAUAAUUGAACUCAUAUUGUUACAUAGAAUAUAAUUCAUUUGAGUUCUUUGGAUCCAAGCGUUGUUGAAAUGUCAGAGUGGGGAGGAAGAGACAGAGACACUGAACUGGCCAGAAGUCUCUGGAAAUGGCCCAAUCGUUGAUUAUUUUGUUCAUAGAGAGAGAGAGAGAGAAAAUAUCAUUAAGGAGACCUAUGUGAAAUUCCCUGUAUGUGUUGUGUGUCUAUGUGUUCAACUGUAAGUGGGAGUUAUGUGUAUUGUGCAAAUGUUGAGCAAAUAUUGUCCUACCAAUGGCUGUGGAAUAAUGUGGUUAAGCAAAAAGGGCUUCACAACUUUGCACUAAUAUUGACCAAACAACUUACCAACACCCUGUUUCUGUUUACCUGCUAUUUUCAUAUUAAAAGGUUUGUUUUCA